UCGUGAUGUACCAGGAACAUUUUUGAUGUCGGGAGAGUAAUUUGUCAGCGUUAAGUGAAGGACCGAUUAAUACUUUAUUAUAAAAACUGGAGUUGCGAGGUUAAUUCAUCAAAUUCUCAAAUCUGUGACACAUAGUUUCUCUGGUGAAACUUAAUGGACACUUUUGUGAAGCAUCCUUUAACUCCGCAUUUAGUUGACUUGCUCAAGAAAUUAUCACCUAGUUAAGGACUGAUUAUGGGUAUUAACAACUGAACUAAGAUAGAGACACAGUUCUCAAAUAAAAAGUGUGAUUUUGAGAUAGUCCCUGCAAGUUUCCUCUCGCCAUCGAUUCCACGGACGAAUCGCGCUUCCGCUGGCGGGAGUUCGUCCUGCGAGUGUAGGAUUCGAGUGUGUAUGUGUGAUGACGAUGAGGAUCGCGCCGCGGGGACCACCGAGGUGACUCGCGGUGGCGACGGCUCUUGGGGGACCGGGCGGUAUCAAGACUCGCAGGAUGCUGCAAGCGAGGAGGUCGGGAGGAGGAAGGUCUCACAGUGCAGAAUCGCUCGCAGUCCUCGAAUCGGCUUCGGCCGACUGGUAGGACCGAUGACGGGGUAUGAUGGUCUAACGGCGCGCGUCGCCCGGACGCUCACGUCGCGUCCGCGGCCCCUACUGACGACCCUGACGACGCUGCUUGUCGCGCUGUCCUGCUGCUGCGCUCGCGCCAGCGAAUUCCCCGAGCGGGAAUGCUGCGACCUACCCUACCCGAUUCCGGAGCCCACCGGCAGGUCCACGUCCGCGCCGACGCCAACCGGAAGGAGCGGAUCCGGCAUCAAGAUACCGAUGGCCAUUCUGAAUUGUCUCUACGCCCGCCAAUUGUGCUACGAGGAUCCAUCCUGCAGCGCUAUUUUGGAGAUUAUACCGAGAGUCUGCGGUCCGGAAUUAGUGGCAUGCUCAACGGUGACGGUGAAAAAGUGUCAGGCGGCUCUGCGCACCCUACAAGCUUUCACUUUCUUCCGACCGACGUGUCUCUGCAGGGAGCCACAUGUCGAUCCGGACUGCAACAGCUUCCAGAACUUCCUGUUCGACCACCCGUGCGACUACGUGGAAUUGAAAGACAAAGAUCCAUACCCGAUAGACGCAUUGCCGACGUGCAAUCACGCGCUUAAUCUUUGUCUGCGUGGGAAACCUUGCAGUCAGAUCUACAAGGAUUUCAAAACCAACUGCAAGAUUCAAGAAGGCCAGUGCAGAAUGGAGAAUCGGGAUGCUUGCCACGAUUCCUGGACACAACUGCGACUAUCACCAAUGUUUGGAUGCAUAUGUCCAAAUAAUCAUAUCAAGCGACGAUGCGAUAAGAUCUUCUCGACAGUGAACCAUAAUCCCUGUGUUGAGGUCCUGCCCUCCUCCACCUCCGUAGACCUGUCGGGCACGGAUUCGGCCCUGUACCCGUUCGACCCGCAGCAGGAGAACUACCAGGAGAUCUGGUUGCCGCCGACCAGUAUGUACCCCUCUUUUCUGUUCCCCGGGACCGCGCGCACCCCGCCGUACUACGAUCCCGACAGCACGUACGACAUACGGGAGCCCGGCGACCGCUACCAACACCACCACCGUCAUGGCGAUCGACAUCAUCACCAGGAAGCGCCGGAGCUGCCCGGCAGACCAGCCGUCCUCGUUGUCGAGGCGUACGAUCCUCGGACCGAUUCGGACCGGUAUGAAACCGACAUGAAUCGGUUCGAGGAUUACGCGGCGACCUCGCGUCCAGGCGUUGAUCAUCCGGAUCGGUCGACGGAUGGAUCUUCUUCCUCCUUCUCCUCCUCUUCUUCCUCCUCUUCUUCUUCUUCUUCUUCUUCUUCUUUUUCGUCUUCGUUGUCCAAGCAUGAUCGCGUCUCCGGCACAGUGCACCUGCAGCCCCAAAGCGAGCAUGACGCGCACCCGCACCAGCAUCGGCACCAUCACCACCAACAGCACCAGCACCAUCACCAUCGUCAGCACCCCGCACUACCUGCACCACCGUCCGUCGUCGCGACGCUGUCGUCGUCGUCGGCGGGCUCGUACGCGCCGGCGGCUGCUCGUCCCACGCCUACCGUGUUGGACGAGCCGUUGGGGGCCCACGGGCCCGGUUAUGCCGAAUCGCCCCGGCUGCCGGCCCCGAGGAAGUUUGCACCUAGGCCCACCUACGAGCACCGCGCGAUCUUCGACCGCGCCGACGACGAUCUCGAUGACCUCGAAAUCAGGCCAGCCGCGCCGCCCGUCGAUCGGUUCUUCGAUCUCCGUGAGGAGUUCGUCGAUCAAGUGAAGGUCAUCGCCCAUCCGGACAAUUCCACCAGUUUCGAGGUGAUUGAAUCGCAGUUGGAAAACCCACUGAUCGAUGCCAAGCAUCGGGAUUUGAUCAACAUGAAGCAGAUUCCCAUUCCGGGUGGCCAUCAUCAUCGCACUCAUUACAAGAGAAACCAAACAGAUGAUUUCGAACAGGUGGGCGCGGAACCAUCGUCCUCUUCGUCAGACAUCGACAAGAUCCAACAGCCGGUGAAACUGAUCCUGUCCAGUACGUGCCAUCAUGCUUACACGUCCUGCAAAAACGAUCCAGAAUGCAAGAAUCUGCUGGAACCCGUCCUGAACCACUGCGACUCGACGACGUGCGCGAGGAACGAGUGCAUGGAAGCGCUACAGCACUUCUACAAAACCGCCAAUCACAAGCAUUCCGUGGAAAUUGCCUUCUGCCUCUGCAGGAAAACGGAAAACAGAAAGGACGAGUGCAUAGUAGCGCAAGAGAAAAUGCAUCCAACUUGCGCGCAGCGCAUAGACGGCACCGAAAUGCCAACGUGUCACAGCCUGGCCGAGACUUGUAAAGAGAACAGAAGCUGCAGACUUAGGCUGGAGUAUUACGAACAGAGUUGCGCGGUAGAUAGCGUGACGAAGAAAUGCGCUGGUCCAACCUCCGAAUGCAGAAAAGCGAUGCUGGGCAUUCUGGGUACUGAACUUCAUACCAAUUGCGCUUGUAAGGGCACCGAGCUUCAUCAGCUACACGGCUGUAUGGGUUGGCAGCGACUUCUGUGGGUAAAUCCUUGCGUAGUGGAAUCGCAGAAGGACUAUCACGCGCGCAGGAAACACCAUCAUUCGCGAACGACGACAACAGCGAAGACAACGACGGCGACGGCGGCCGUCGCGUCAACGACGAGGUCGCCGGCGAGCACAACGGCGACCACCGCGGUCGAACAAGUGGAAGAUAAUCAAAUACCGGAAGUGACGAGGUGGCCGACCACCGAACCCACGGAAACUUGGGAAAUCACAACCACUACUAUAAGCACCACUCCGAGCACCACCACAACCACCACGCCAGCACCACGCUUCUGCGUGGUUCAAAGGCCGAGACACAGUCAGCAAUACAUAAGAGUGGGCAAGGGGAAAAGGCUUUAUCGCGAAGACGAGCCAGAAUGCUCGGAACUCUGCCACUGUGGUGAGGGCGAGCAACUCGUUUGCAAUACCAUUUGCGUCGAUUCGUCACCCUGUAAGACGGAUUUCGCUUUCUACAACCAUGAAGCGCCGGCCUACCAGGCGCAUCGAGGUCCUUGCCUUUGUUAUAGCGGAGGUUUUAUAUGCAUGCGGCCUUCGCCUGACACAUAUAGUAUACCGCACGGGGUUUUCAUGUUCCUGGGGUACAGCGAAAAGGACGAGACUAUAUUGAAGCAGUACAACAAUGUGACUGUGCUGGACGCGGUGUCGUCUCUCGACAAUUUCAUGAGAGAGGAAGUCAAUAAUCAGACAGUAUGCACGCUCUUCUUGUACAACGCGACCCGAGAAAACGUGAUUGCUGUGGCACGACUCGGGACCGACAAUCCACCCUUAAAUAGCAGUCAGGCUCAAAGUCUGCAGCACCUGCUGCGCGUCAAGGAGGAAUGCGCGUCGAUGAUGCAAGAUCUCAGCGACAAGAUCAACAAUAAGCACCACGAGGUGCACACGCAUCCGUUGCUCUCAAUCUUCAAGAUGGCUGAGGUUGAAGUGAAGAUGCCGUACAGCAGCGAGGCGGCGAUCUCCAGGUCGUCGUCAGCAUUUCUUGUCGUUUUGUUCGCAAUCGGCCUUUUCGGGUCGACGUGUCUCUUUGGUUCGUGACAGGGACAUCAAGAUAUUAUGAAGAAUCUGUAUCGAGUGUCCCCCUCGCAGAGGAUCGCCACAUGUCGCGUGCACGUGGUAGCAGCGGUUCCGACAACGGAAUCCAUCCAUACGAGAGAGGACUCAUGGCCUUGAAGGGCACAGGCAUCAACGAAGGGAAGAAAUCCCCGCCUUCCCCUCGAUCGCUGUGCGGCUCAACAGAUCGCAGGGAUCGAUCGGCGGAUCCGCACAGCGAUCCUCUAUACAUUCCCGCCGAUCGCGGAUCGCUCAUCGCGCCGUUAAAGAUAUUAUUAAAUAUAUAUUGGUAUUUAAUGGUAUUUUUGUUACACUGCACCUCGACAGAGCGUCCUCGAGCCUUAUCCUUAACUCUUCGAUCGUUAUAGUUUAUAUGAUUCUGCAUUUAAUCGUGGAGCGAUGGAUACUAUAAAUAACAUUUAAUUAAUAUUAUACAUAAAAUUUUUUCCUAAAAAGAAAUUUAUUUUUAUUUUUGGCAUAUUUUAUAUGUUAACUGUUUAUUAUUUGCAGCAAAUACAAAACGUACUAAUGAAAAUUAUAGCACCUGUUUAAACUGCACUAAAAUUGUCGAUUUCGAGAUUGCUAAGUUUUAUUUUCAGGGCCUAUGUUUGAGAAAAUAAUGAACUCAUAUCUACUUUUAUAAAAUAUUCAUUGUAUUUGUUCCAACAUUUUAAAAGCAUUUAUGAAUGCUAAUCUACAUCCUAUGGACAUGAUAACUAUGCCUGACUGAAGGUACUGUAGUUGCACUAUAAUAAUACCUUCUAUAGAGAAACAGUGCUAUUGCACUAUUUGGUACACUCGAAGAGUUAGUGAAGAAUGAUCGAUGAUGCCCUGGACGAUCGACGCCGCUUUGAGGUCGAGCUUGAUGUGGAAACGAGAUUGACACAGAAUAUAUUUGUCAAAUGCGCGAAAUCAAGUAGAAAUCGGCCGAUUUGUACUUUUUUUUACGCGCUCGAUAAUUCCACCGUCAAAAGUGUCUUGCGACAAGACUGUUGUGCGAUCGACAUGCAAUUACCGAUGUAACUUGGACACAAGUUGUAUCGCAAGUUGACUAUUAACGAUCGUACGCGAUACUGAUGAUGUUUGAUUGCAUGAUGAUUUACGAGCGAGUGAUUGAUGGAGAAUAAUUAAUAACAUAUAAAAACUGGAAAAUAUUGGAAAAAUAAAUAAUUGAGAUUUUUGUGUUUUACAAUAAGAUUAACCAAAAUAUAUAUAAAUUAUAUAUAUUCUAUAUAUAAUAUAUAUAUAUAUAAUAAAUUUUCUCAAUGCCCAAUAAAUUGGCAGACAAGAUUACAAUCAUUACUUAGAAAAGCGGAUAAUUAAUGCAAAGUCCGUGAAUAGAUAGAAACAUUUUGUUGCAAAUUGUUGAAUAAAAAUAUUACAUAUAUACACUCGAAGUGUUUUAUUUUUAAACGUUGAAACUCUUUACACAAUUAUAUUAUUGUUGAUACUAUAUUAUAAUGUUAGUCCAAAUGAAAACCAAACAAUUCGCAUUAAAUUCGCGCUUUUGAUGCGACUGAGCGGCAAUCUUGACAAAAUUUUAAAGACACAAAUAAAGAUGUAAAGAAAGAAAAUAAAGAAAAGUCGCACUUCUUCGAUGGCGUCAAGAGGCAGCCCGCGAAAUUGAAACUUAGACUUGAUCAUGAAGGAUCGAGAUAGAAGGGCAGGAAGCGGUGGACGCGAUUCGCGAUCGUUUGGAACGAGAGUACGACACGUGUAUAAUAAAUCGACCGUAACGCGAGAGGCAGUCUGUAUAAAUGGCUAAGCACUAAUCUACUGUAUAAUUAACGGCCAAGCAACGCAAACCUCCUCCCGUACUGGACCAUUAGGUGUUUGUUAAAGUUGAAAUCUAAACCUAAAGCACAUACGUCUAUACGACGUGUCGCGUGAGGCUCGAGUGUGUAGAUAAAUGUAGAUUGUUGAUAGUGACGUAAGCAGAAAAAGAAGUGUGUAAUAGAGGUAGCCUGGAAAUGCGAUCGAGCGAGAAAGUCGAUCGUGGCCCGCUCGUUUUCAAGUUUCAAGUCGCAUCGAUGUAUACGAAGUAUCCCGAGUCGAUCUCGACGAACGGUCCUUAAAUUCUUUUCCUUUCCUUCUUUAUUUUUCUCGUUUUCACAUUGUAUAUAUUCAAGUUGUAAAUACCCAAUUAUCUUAGAAAUAUACGGGGUGCCUUAGAAAAUCGAAGAGUCCUAGAGGGGCAAGACGUCCAAUCAAAUUUUCGCUAAAUAAAAAAAA